ACGAGUACUCAAACACCGACUCUUCCACCUUCUCCGGUGAUGCUACAACUACAGGCGCGCCGACUUUCCCCCAACGUGAAGUUCACCCAAAGUCUACUCCACGCACCGUAAGCGCAGCACGGAUACUAUGGUCCUGGAAAUGGGAGAUGUCGGCACUUGUCGGCGGUCUGGGCAUCUUCGCUGCCAUGGUCGCCGUCCUGGCCCGCCAAAAUAAUCACGCCGACGAUGAUUGGGUUUUCUUCCUUAACCUCAACUCGCUUAUCGCAUUAUUAUCAACGGUCUACCGGGCUGUUAUGGUCGCCGUCGCUGCCGAGGUUGUGUCGCAGUCAAAAUGGAUUUAUUUUUGGACUUCCCGGUCGCCCAUCUCGUUGUUGCGGCUACAAUACUUCGAUAGUGCUAGUCGGGGAAUAUGGGGGGCGGCGAGGUUACUGCCCUAUGCAGCGAAACGCAGCCCGGCCACCCUCGCUGCUGCCCUGAUCAUUGCCGUGUCGUUUGCUGUUGGGCCGUUUUUUCAGCAGUCCAUCGGUACCGUCGAUAGGAGUUUCGUCUUAGAGGACGGUACGGCAUCUGUCCCAAUCGCCAGGAACAUUAACGGUUCAGACACAUGGUACAGAACUCUCGCCGGGCCCGACUACGGCAUGUGGGCCUUCAAAUACGACGUACGAGCAAGCAUCCUUUCAGCUUUAUCCAAUCCUUUCAGCCAAGACUCAGCGGUCUCGUCGAAAUGUACUUCUGGUAACUGUACAUUUCCGAGUUGGGAGUCUGGCUUUCCAUCACAAAGUGAGCAUGACAUAACCCUCGCGACUGUAGGUAUGUGCAAUCAGUGCAUUGAUGUAGGGUCACUGGUCACGGUAUACAACAACAGCCUUAAUACUGGCAGUCCAUCGUGGAAACUACCGACUGGCUUGAAUGUCACGGCCUUCGAUGGUGCGAAUUGGAUGAGCGUGGCAGAAAGCCGAAAUCUUACCUGGGCUGAGAGCAUAAUCCCGUACGAGCAAGCGGCAACUUUCCGCUGGGCAUUUGCAAAUAUUACCAUGCUCGUUCUAUCAAACUCAAAUUCCAGCCAAACCGCCCAGGAUUACAGGUAUCAGGAGCAGACCCCAAACGCCGUCGUGUGCUCAUUGUAUCCUUGUUUACGAUCCUACUCUGCAUCAGUAACCAAUGGUAAGCUGGAUGAAAAGCUUAUAAGCACCCAGCCCAUGUAUCCAGACCUUAUGAGCUACACGGGAUCCGAUGUUGAGAAGAACAUAUCAGCUUUCCCCGAGGCAGGUACCUUGCCCGGUGAUGAGCCGCACCUUGCAGCGCUUCAAUCGCCGUGUUUGGUCAAUGAGACCGUGUAUACAUCUUCGAAUUUCUCUGCGUACUCCAACGCGUCUGACGUCCGAAUCCUCUCGCCUUCUGCUGUGGCAGAUAAUUACCCGUCUAUUAAAGCGCCGCCGCAAUGCCUGUUCAAGUUCAACACCUUCUUCUAUUUGAUGCUCGCCUCAUAUCUCCAGGCGGGUGUGUUCUCCGGCAACUGCAAAUGGGACAGCCGACAGGGCACCAACGUGUAUUGUGCCGACAAGUACUGGCUGGCGCAGUUCUGGGAGUAUCGACAUGCCAACCUGGAGACCAUUACGGGUCGAUUUGACAACUUCGCUGAGGCGGUCACGCGCCAGUUUCGGCUCGGACUGGGCCUCGACCAGGCCCAGGACAACGUCGUUCGUGGCAAGUCGUCGAGGACAAAGCCCUUCACGGUCGUCAAUUGGAAAUGGCUUAUCUUCCCUAUUGCACUGUUGGCUAUCGAAACUGUCUUGCUGAUCUGGAUGAUUGCGCGGAGCUUGAUAUAUCGUGGUGAGGAGAUGGUGUGGAAGGGCAACGUGCUGCCAUUGCUGUACCAUAGGGACAAGUUUGUAGACGCGAAUGGUUUACAUCUGGGUGAUGGGAUACCAAGUCACGAUCAGGCUGAUGGGUUACAUGGCGGCCAAAAGCUGAUGACGAUCGCGGAGAUGGAGAACGAUGCCAAGGACGUAAGAGUUACGCUCAUCAGGAACGGUAAUGGGACGAGCGAGAUAGGCAAUGUGAAGGAUGACAAGCAGAGUCUCCGUCGGAGAAGGGAUUGGGAUCAAGAUUCAUUGCUUGGGUCAUAGUCGGGAACGCGCUGACAGUUAAUACCAUCACCAGGCCGUUUUUUUUUUUU